CUUAUCUUCGUGGUCCAAGGUCACGCUCUUUCGUUAUUUUGCGUUACUUUGUUGACAAGGCACUUCAAUAAGUAUUUACGUAAAUGCAAUGAACAAGUUACCAUCAGAUGACGAGUUAGAUGCACUUGUACUGGACCACCUUGAAAAUCUGUCUAUUAUACUUGACCUGAAUCAUCAUUUGGAAGAUUCCUUAAGUGAGGGUAGGCUUUUGUUGGCUAAGACAAGACAUAAUCUUCGAGGAAACAGUUGUUCAGUCUCUGCAACUUCUUAUAAUCUAAAUGAAAUGUCUAAUCGAGGAGCAUCUUUUCGUGCUGCAGUUAUCGAAGAGCCAUUAGAAUCUGUUUGUGAUACGAAUUUCAAAACUGUUCGUUUUCAAUUAAUUGAUGAAUUGGCUAGUAACAAGAUGGAUUCUAGCCCAUCAGCUGACCCAAUCCGAUGGUUUUCUGGAGUACUAGUUCCUUCUAGCUUACGUCAUGCACAAUCCUGUUUUCGUCGUGCUGUAAAUUUAUCUCUGGAAUUAGCUAGUCGGCGGGCAAAACUUGAGGCAUCUUCUCAACAGAUCAAACAUUUGAUUAAGUUAAGAACGGCUGCUGAUCUAGCGACCUAGUGAUAAAAUCAUUCUUUUUCCUUAUGUUUAUUUCUUCCAGUUUCUUGUUCUUUUGAUUGUAAUAUUGUCUUGAUCGAUCUAAUACACCACAGUAACUUCAUUCGUCUGCCUGAGUUUUCUCUAAUGAUAUGCCUAAUUUUUAUGAUUCUUUCAGGUUAAUGAUUUUCACUGUAUAGUGUUAGAGCUUUGGAAAAAUCUUUUAUGACUUCUUCCAAAAGAUAAAUUUGUGAUAGGUAUGAGAAAUAUAUUCUUAUUUUGAGUAGGUACUAUUGUUGUGAUAUUUUUUUAAUUGUAAAAGGUUACGGCAGUUAUAAAAGAAUAAUAAAAUUUAAUUAUCUGCCAG